AGGGCAAAGAAGUGUUGGGGAGCUGGGGUGACCAGCUCCCCGACAACUCCAAGUGUUUAAAGAAGGAGACAGGAAGACUUGAGAAGAUGGGAACUAUACAAGAGGCAGGGGAAAAGACACUAGAUCUUGGGGAGAACACAGAAGCAGCAGAAUCAGGAGCAGCCCUGAGACUUGGGGAGCUGGAGUUGAAGGAAGAAUGGCAGGAUGAAGAAUUCCCCCGAUUGCUUCCUGAGGAGGCUGGCCCUUCUGAAGAACCUGAAGACUCCAAAGAAGGCUCAGAGGCAGGUACUCCCACCACCUUAGCCCUGUGUGGCCAGCGCCCCAUGCGUAAGCGUCUCUCUGCCCCAGAAUUGCAACUGAAUCUGACUGAGGGGACUGGAGAUAAUGAAACUUCUUCCACCCUUUCUGCACCUUCCUCUCCUGAUGGCAGUUCUGACCUGGAGAUAGACGAAUUGGAGACACCUUCAGACUCAGAGCAGUUGGACAGCGGACAUGAGUUUGAAUGGGAAGAUGAGCUGCCCCAAACAGAGAGCAUGGGGGCCAUUGAGGCAGCCGAAAGCCUGGGCCGGGGUUGUAUGUGGGAUGUGGCUGGAGAAGAUGGUCGCCGUUGGAGGGUGUUCCGAACAGGACAGCGGGAGCAGCGAGUGGACAUGACUGUCAUUGAACCCUAUAAGAAAGUCCUAUCUCAUGGAGGUUACCAUGGUGAUGGCCUCAAUGCUGUCAUCCUCUUUGCUUCCUGUUACCUACCCAGAAGCAGCAUCCCCAACUACACCUAUGUCAUGGAACAUUUGUUUAGGUAUAUAGUGGGAACUCUGGAGCUGCUGGUAGCUGAAAAUUAUCUGCUUGUUCACUUGAGUGGAAGCACAAGCAGGGCCCAAGUUCCAACUCUGAGCUGGAUACGCCAAUGUUACCUUACCCUGGAUCGGCGGCUCCGGAAAAACUUGCGAGCCUUGGUGGUUGUCCACGCUACGUGGUAUGUGAAGGCAUUUCUGGCACUGCUUCGGCCCUUCAUCAGUUCCAAGUUCACACGAAAGAUCCGUUAUCUGGACAGCCUAGGGGAGCUGGCCCAACUCAUCUCCCUGGAUCAGGUCCACAUCCCUGAAGCUGUCAGACAGUUGGACCAGGAGCUCCAUGGCUCAGGAAGGACGCUGCACAGGACUGGGUAAAGGGCCUUAGAACCAAGCAAAGAUACUGAUCUUCCUACCCCCAGCCCCUGAAGCAUCUGAACUGUUUUGUAAAUUGUCUCAUUUUCAAUCCCAUUGGCACUGGAUCUUCACCUUUCAACAGGUGUCAUCCCUUCCAUGACCCUGCCUUUGGCUGUGACCAGAUCUGCUGGGUGACUUUCAUUUCAUCUAUCGGGGAGGAAGGCUGAGGGCAGUGGCAAAAGCAUUUUGUAUGGAGAGUAUGGAGCUUUGGGUUUUAGUUCUGCUUUAAUUGUAGAGCCUUGGGUUUGUUUCUUCAUCUCUUUGGGUCUCAUUUUCCCCCUCUGUAAAUGAAAGGGUGGAAAUCCUUUCCACCUUGGGUAUAGUAGCAGUCUGUGAAGGUGAGGGAUGGACGAGAAGGGCAGGGCCAGCCUGCCUGCUGGGGUUCAGGAGGCAGCUCAUAUUGAGCCCCUUGCUGUCCCCACCAAAUCUUGAAAUCUUAGGCAUGACUGCCGCCUAUGAACCUGGAAAGGAGUGCCUUCAAACCCGUAUCUUUACUCUCUUCAGUAAAUUCAGGUGUAUAGCGGUUUAAUAAACUGAUGAGAAAUUUAA